AAAAAAAAGAAAGAAAACAAGAAGCUUAUAAUAUCGAGUCUCUUUCCCCCCCAGGUUUUUUGUUUAAGUCUUUAUAAAACUACGUAGGAGCAAAGACAAGUAGAGCAGGAUAUGGGGACCAAAGGCCCUAUUCCUCGCGAUAAGAUCACAAUACGACUAAUAUUAGUCAGUGGGAAAACAAAAGAGUUUAUAUUUUCUCCUAAUGAUUCAGCUGCUGACAUUACAGAAUAUGUUUAUAGUAAUUGGCCAGAAGAUUGGGCAGAUGAAGUUUUGCCAUCUACAAAUAUUUUGAGGUUGAUUUACCAAGGACGGUUUCUUCAUGGAAAUGUAACCCUUGGAGCUCUUCAGCUCCCACUUGGGAAGACUGUGAUGCAUCUAGUAGCAAGAGAAAACUUACCUGAACCAAAUAACCAGGGACAAUUGAAAAAGGAUAAAAAUGGAGAAAGUGCAUGUAGUAACUGUUGUAUUAUACUUUGACCAAACCAUAUUGGUUGGUAAAAAAACUGGAAAAAUGAAAACAGUCAUCAUUGACUUAUUAGCACCAGCUUGGUUAGUCAGGGACUGGGGAUGAUAUUCAUUUUUCUUAUUGGAAUACACUAUCACCAUACACCAGAAAUCAAAAGCAAGGAACUGCAUGAGGAAACAUUUAAAUUGUGAAGCAAGCAUAUCUGAUGACUGAGAAUACUUUAGUUAUUCAAAUUCUUCGUUCUCCCGAACUUGUGACUCUUAUGAACACAUUCUUUCCAAGACUAAAAAAAAAAAAAAAGAAAAGAAAAGGAUUUAGUUUUCUGUGAAGAACCAGCAUUGAUGUAUUUGUAUUGCCUCAUGAUAGAAGGGAAUGAUGGAAAUACGGGAAGUGUGGUGA